AUCCUUGAUUAGCCUCAGGGGAAAGGCUACAUAACAUAUCCCUGGUUUACUGUGUACAUGUAUAUGUUCUUAUAGCAAGUUAGGUACAUCGAAAUGUGGCUAGAGUCUGUUUGUGGCGCUGAAACUGUACCCCUCAUCUACCUUUGUAAUACAUAUUCCUCAUCGAAGGAAGAAAUGUCGCAGUAACCUGAAGCUGCUCCGCUUUUCCUAGGUCUCCUCCUAUAAGUGAAUAUGUCGGAUCCGAGUCUCUACACCUAUCCUUCCCCUCUAGAGGGCUACCAGGGUCUGGAACCCCUUCCUGAGCAGAAAGCUGCUGACGGGAAGUCGUACGUGAAUCCACCAGCCGAGAAGAAGAGCGAAGCAUACAAUGCCUUCGUUUCUCCUAUCAGAAACGAUGAGCGUAGCGGCUUUGACGUUCAUAUAUACUUCCUCCAAACAGAAGAGGAGGAGGUCAAGUUUGCCACCGAACUCUGGGAACGGAUAAGGCGAGAAUUCCCCGAGCUUCGAAUCUACAAGAUAUGGGACAAGCCGAUUGGGCCUCAUCCUAUGGCCAUGUUUGAGGUGAAUAUAUUCACACCAGAGCAGUUUGGGGCAUUCAUACCUUGGCUGGUGAUCAAUAGAGGUCCACUGUCCGCUCUGAUUCAUCCGAACACGGAUGAGGAGGAGAGAGACCACACGCAGAGGGCUACGUGGAUGGGCCAGCCACUGCCAUUGAAUCUGCGGCUUUUCAAGAGGAUGAGCAGGAAAUAGAGCUCUGAUUCACGUAAUACGUGGGGUCGAGCGUGAUUCGAUGGAGGUAUUAACUUUACAGGCGAAUACGUCUGGGUUCUCUUUUGGCUUCUCUCAGUAUUUGGCGUCUAAUACCCUCUCUCCCACCUCGCCAGUUCUGUGUGUGAUGGUUCCGACUCCUACCCCUAGAGGGAACAGCGCCUCCAAGUGCUCAUCACGGGAUAUGUGAAUGUUCCCAUCCGCUGGAAGACAAACGUGUUUCCAGACUCAAGUUCCAUGAGGCAUUUAACCAUAUGCUCAAUGUAUCGCUGUGCUUGCCUGUUUACACUUCCCUCUUCAUACUUUCGUCUCUGCGCUUGCACCUUUCUUUUUCUUCUUGUCUUUCUUGCCUUUCUUCCUAUCCCUCUUCUUCAACCCGCUCAUUCCUGCCUUACAAGCUUCGGCAUACCGCGCAUAAAACU